GCAGUUUGGACCAAAGUUUCGUUGAUCAUCAUCGCACAGGACUGGACGUCUGAUCUUGAUCCUGUUAACCAACCGAAGAUCUCCGUACUAAUUGCUACCACCAGCAAUGGGCAACCACAUUUGGGGCAUCCUCCUGAGCCUGCUGCUGCUGGAACAGAUGAUGCCGCUGUCCGCGGCAGCCAAUCUCGCCCAGCUGGUGAAGAAGCAGAGCCAACAGAAGCAGGGGCAGAUGGCGCAGCCAGCACAGCUGCAACUGCAGCAACAGCAGCUGCCACAGCAGCAGGUGCACUCACAGCAGUAUGUCCAGGACGCGCUUGCCGAGUCGCAGGAGCUGAAGAGCGACGAGGAGGAGGACCACGAUCCGUACCAGAUGCUGCAGGAGGGCAAACAGGAGUCCCGGCUGCCGGCCUCCUCCAACUACCCCUGGAGCGCCUAUGCCGGAGCACAGGGAAUGGCGAAUCCUUAUGAGAGCGUGCCCAAGAUGAUGCCCUUCAUUGGCUACGCCCAGCCCGUGCUCAUCCCAUUCCCGCUCUACAUAGCCCCCGACAUGUUCUAUCCCGCCUUCCCUGGGGCCACCAACGACCUCGAGGAUGUGGUUAUGUCGCGUGCCGCUGGCGGACGUCGUCCGGCUGCACCUCAUUCACCGUCCCCGGCCCGAAACUCGCCCAUCUACUACGUCCGCCUGCCGCCCACGCCGUACAUGUUCGUCCCGAACAUGCCACCGAGCCCCUUUGGCAGCGGCUUCUCCCCGCUGCUCACCUACCAGCCGAUGCCCUCGUUCUCCACCUUCGGAUCCGUGUUCAAUCUGCCCGUCAAUUUCCUGGCCAACGGCAAGCCCAGCGGGAUCUACCAGGUGAAUGGAUCGCCCAGCGACCUGAGCCAGUUGUCACCCGGCUACGGCGUGCGGCCGCCCACGCCCAGCAAUCCCUUCCGGCCCAUGUCCUCGCCGACCGCCGGCUACGGUCCCUCCCAGCAGGGAUUCGGACUCGCCUCCCUGCCAGUUCCGCAGCACGACUCCAAGCUGACCUCGCUGAAGCGUCCGUUCGUGUUCAACGGCCGUCCCGAGGACAUCUACAUCCUGCCCAACAACCUAAGUCCGCUCUACAACGAUCAGAGCUACUACUGA